AUAGUAGUGUGCACGAUCCUCUGGACAUGACGUCCGUAGUAGAACUGCAAAUUGGUUGUCCAGUGUUGUCCGAGCUUUGCACAUAAAUAAGCGAAACCUGGCCGAUGGGGCGCGAGAUUCUGUUCACUACUCGCGCACGCUACUGAUCAACGCUACCUCCACAACGGUUAACGGUUACUCGCGCCGCAACUCAGCAACUGGGAUCGAUACUCGUGUGUACUCGAGGUGUCACGCACGGCUAGGUUCCCAAUUUUGCGUGUCAAUCGUGAUAAUCAGUUGCUAGUGGUCGCGAUUAUUAGAAGCCCUUUUUGCUGGAAUCUCUAGUGUGUACAUCAUGGCCGCCUGUAGUGCAAGCACUUCCGCAACCUUCGCUGGGUUGCGGUUACCCGUGUUACUAAUUGUCGUUGGCUUGGUUGGGGUGUCAUUAGCCUGUAAUGGUGGAUACAAGUUAAAGGUAAAGCAGAUUGAAAACUGUGCCGGUCCGGAUGCGGUCAUUACGGCGGAUAACAACUUCACCGUCGUCCUCACGAAGGACUGUGACGUCAAGGCACGGGGUUGUGUGCGAUUUAAGGAUUUCAAAACGGCCAACGCCAAGUACACCAUCAGCAAGGAUGGCGUGCAGGUGAUGCAGGGUUCGAUGGAUCUUUGCAAUCAGGCGUCACGGCCACGGCGCACCGAGAACAUAGCCGCGCUGCUUCGCACCCUUGGUGUACCGGAAAAGUGUCCCGUCGAAGCGGGACAAAUCUGUAUUGAACCCAGCCAAGCGGUGAACAUUCAGCGCUUCCAGCAGUACCUUUCGCUUGCUCGUGGAUCCAUCAGCGUUGAUAUUGCGGUGCAGCAUGAUUCGGGUAAAAGUUGUUUUAAAAUUCGUUUCGACAUCACAAAGUAACUGCGAUUUCAAGACUUGGUCGACGGUCGAACUUCUAUUGAAAAGAAUAAGGAAUGGAGAAGGAUUUGUAUAUUCUGGUAACAGGAUGCGCUAAAGGAUAUUAUGCAAAUAAAGCCAUCAAUUGAAUGCAA